GGCGGAUAUGGCAGUGGGAGCUACGGUAGUGGAGGAAGAGGUUUCUCUGGUGGACGAGGAGGUGGUGGGGGAGGGGGUGGAGGAAACCCUGGGGGCAGACUUCGAGAUAUCGAUUGGAGUAAAGAGAAUCUGAAGCCUAUCCAGAAGAAUUUUUACCACGAACAUGCAACGGUCACACGCAGAGAUCAGUAUGAAAUUGAUCAGUGGAUUGCCGAAAACCAAGUGACACUGGAUGGGCGCGGUAUACCUCGACCAGUUUGGGAAUUCAGCGAAGCUUCGUUUCCAAAUGAACUGACGGAUCUGCUUUACGCCAAAUUCCAAAAGCCUACCGUAAUUCAGUCGAUCUCCUGGCCUAUAGCAAUGAGUGGCCGUGACAUCAUAUCGAUAGCUAAAACCGGAUCAGGGAAAACUCUAGCGUUCAUGUUGCCCGCAAUUAUCCACACUACGAAACAAGCCGUUCGGGGACGCUACGAUGGUCCAUCAGUACUGGUAUUGUUACCUACGAGAGAGCUGGCCCAACAAGUGCAGGAGGUCUCUAUUGAUUUCUGUAAUGCUCUUGGAUUAAAGUUGGCUUGUCUAUUCGGUGGAGCUUCGAAAGGCCCACAAGCUCGUGAUCUGGAAAGAGGUGUCGAUAUUGUAGUGUACGUGUUCUUUUGCCAAGCGUUGAUAUACAAAGUUCGUACACUAGCGUCUGAUUUUCAACGGGACGCUGCGUUCCUGAACGUCGGUUCUAUGGAACUCGCUGCCAAUCACAAUAUUACUCAGUUUGUAGACGUUUUAGAGGAGCAUGCAAAACAAUCGAGAAUGAUGCAGCUUCUUAAUGAUAUUAUGAAUCAACCGGAGUGUAAAACAAUUAUUUUCGUGGAAACAAAACGUAAGGCCGAUGAUUUGACGCGUUGGAUGAGACGAGAUGGGUGGCCAACGCUAUGCAUCCACGGUGACAAGAAUCAAGGGGAACGUGAUUGGGUUUUAAGUGAGUUCAGAGCUGGCAAGACGCCUAUCAUGCUCGCUACAGAUGUUGCUGCGCGUGGUUUAGAUGUUGAUGACAUAAAAUUUGUUAUUAACUACGACUACCCGAAUAAUUCAGAAGAUUAUGUUCACCGCAUUGGACGAACCGGUCGCCGUGAUAAAAGAGGCACAGCGUACACGUUUUUCACGCCACAAAAUGCUCCUAAAGCAAAAGACCUUAUAAAGGUGCUAGAAGAGGCUGGUCAAACUGUACCACAGCCGUUACGUGAUUUGCAAGGACGAGCAGGAACUGGGAAUAGUCGUGGUCGAUGGGCCGGCAGUAGUGGCGGAGGAAUGAAACGCGGCUACAGUGGCAGCGAUGACUAUUCCGGGAAAAAAGGAAGAUAUGAUAAUGGAGGUGGUUACGGUGGUGGGCGAUGGUAA